AAGGGAGGGACGCAAAACUUGUUCUUCACAAGACGUUGAGGGCUAACUUUAAAAGAUUGAGAUUUUAGGUUUAUCUUUUCCAUAUUGCUGAUCACAAGAGUAUUUAUUAAACAUGUGUGGUGAAUGACGUAGUUGAGAAGUUCAUGGGCCUGAGGGAGUUCCGCAAAGUGUAAACUGAGGAGUUGGGUGCAUGGAAUUGAGAAUGUUGAAUAUUUGAGGCGGGUAGUGGACCAGUGGGUGUUGAGAUUUGCCAACAUCUUUAAAUUUUAAUAAAUUAAUCUCUAUAUGUCAACAUCUUAGAAUGUAUUAUAGAUCUCCUUUUCAACUCCACAGAUUACGGGUCGUGCUAAGCAUGAUUCAUUUUCUGUCUCUAGGGUUGCCGCAAGGCAAGUCGCUAGUUUCGAUCGUCCGCUAUCGGCUUACGCCGAGGAACGUGGCUGGUUUCUGGCCAUCCGUUUUUAAUUUCGGCAUAGAGAAUUCGGAAGGGGAGGCAACAAAGGAGGCAGAUGAAGUUUUUGGUUCUGACUGGCAGUUUCGUGGUGUUUUGACGGAAGAACCGAAGAGACGUAGCAGUGCACAGAGCGACAAAAGGCCGGUCAAGGAAGAAUAGAGAUUGGCGGUUCGUCUCCCUCCUAAACCGCCGCCUUGGAUUGAUCAAGAAGUCGAGGUUUGGAAGAUGAUUUUUAUGGUCUUAUUUUCGUGUUAUGUUUGUUUACGGCGUUUCGUUUUUUGUUGAGGACUUUAGUUUUAGGUCUACAAUAAUGAUUGUCAAUUCUGCUAGAUAUUAUAUCAAGGAUCUAUAUGGUCACUGAUUGCUGUGUCAUCCCCGCUUGGUGCUUAACGAUUCAUAUUGCUCGUUCAGGGGUGAUCACCUCAGAGUCUAACCGUAAGGUUGAUUAUGAUUGUUGAUUAGGAAUUGUUUUUGUCAGGGUUGGUCUUUUUGGGUUUGUUGUAACGAUCCUUUCCCUAAUGGUUUUAAUAUAAGAGUUGGAUUUGAUGAUAAAAAAACUCCAUAGAUUACGGGUCAAAACUAAUUUCUCCUAUUCAAGUUAAUUUCUUUAAUUAUUUUUUGUUUGGACUAGCUAAUUAAUUACGAGUAGGGAUGAACUACUAUAAAAAUCAAUUCUCUCUUCCUAUCCGAACCAAAUUACCAAAGAAACCCUAAAUGGCCCAUAUCUUAAUGUUACAUUUCUAUUAAUAAUCAUUGGUAGUAAGGAUAUUUUCGGGUGG